AUGACGCUGCUGACGGUGUCGGUGGUGCUGCCGCUGUGCACCCUGCGCCAGAUCCGCCAGCUGGAGGCUGCUGCCACCGGUGCCCUGUCGUGCCUGGCCGUCAUGGCAGCCGUCGUGGUGACCAACGCAGUGCGGGCUGGGUUCCCUGCCAUCAAGUCUGGCGAGCUGCCGCUCUUCGAGAUGCGCUGGACACCCGAGACUCCCGAAGCCGUGUCAGUCUUCUCCUACGCGUUUUAUGUACACCCCAUGCUUCUGCCUUUGCUGCAAGAGCUGCCCCGCGGCCGCCCGGGAGUCGACCUCCUGUCCCGAGCGGUGGCGGUGGCAACCGUGGGUGUGGCGUAUUGCGUAUAUGCUGUGAUUGGCAUCUGUGCUGCGGGAACCUAUGGGCUGGAUACCCCCGGUGACCUCAUGGCAGUAAGCCUGCUGAAAGGCUGGCCAAACGGCGCCCUGGAGUGCAUGGUGGCUCUCUACCUCUCAGUCAGCAUCCCGGCGCUGGCCAUCACCCUCCGCUACACGCUCGCCAGCUUGCUGGCGGGCAGCACAGAGUCGGGCGAGGUGGUGCCCACCACCCGGCGCCAGGACGUGAUGCUGGCCGCACUGACCCUGGUGCCCUCGCUGUCCGUGGCCCUGGCUUUCCCAGGUUCAGGGGCUGAGAAGAUUUUCAGCCUGACGGGCGCCACCGCCGGCUGCCUGCUCUGCUACAUCAUCCCUGUCGUCUGCCACCUGCGGCUGUACUUCUUUGGCAUGCGCCGCCGCAAGAAGCAGGUGAUCCCCAAGGUCCGUGUGCCGCUGCUGGAGGACCUCGACUCUGGCCACGUGCCCUGGAGCGACCCGCUCAUUGACGACUGGCUCGUUGGGAAGAGGCGUGUGGGGGCGCCGACAGGACACAGGGCGCAUUUUACCAUGGAGCCCUCCCCCUUCAUGGAUGCGCCGAUUCGCCAGCCAGACCCAGAAGCCAACGACCCCGAGCAGCAGAGCAGGAGCGCACCUGCCCACUCCAUGGUGCCCACGGCACAGCCAGGCACGACCGCAACCGCAGGCGGCGCCGUGCCCGCUGCUGCUAGGGACGAGGAUGUUGAGCGCGUCUCAGUGCAGCCCACAGAGACAGAUACGCACUUCCAGCCUCCCAUGAUGGAGAGGAGGCGCUCGGCCCCCCUGGAUACGCUGAUCAGCAACGGAAGCAUGGACAUGCGCCGCUACGCAACCUUCCUGGAUGGCGCCGGCCUCAGCCUCUGGGAGCAGGUUGGGCUCUUUGUGGACAAUGUGGCGCUGCCCAUCGCGGUGCUGCUGCUGGGGGUGGUGCUUAGCGUACUGGCGGUUGUGCAGGAGGUGGCUGGCUAG